CAACGCCAUCUCCAGCGCGAUCGUGAAAGGGUGCGGUUCAUAGUCCCGAGAAGUCGUUCACGAUGGAGCCGUCGCCGCUCACCCAAGAUUCCAGACCAGAUGUCUUCCAGCCCAAGAUCAUUCGCCUCUAUGAGCAAUUGUUCAAGGCAGACGAUGAAGACAUGGAGCUGUCCGAGGGCUUCUGGCAGGAGUUUUUCUUACACAGACCGGACUCGGUUGGCCUGAAGCGCAUACUGGGCUCUAUAUCACCCGACGAAAUGCUACACCAGCAAGCGCAUUCGCAGCAGCUCCUCCGCCGUGCGAUAAUACGCGUCAAGCAAGCUAGAUCGCCGGCCGACGAGAUCGCUCUCGAGACCUUGACAGUCUUCUUAGAUGCGGCCCUCACUAAGAAAUAUACGAAUCCAAGUUCCGACAUCAUUUCAGUCCUCGCUGGCCUACACGAUGCGGAUGCGGUCAUGACCGACUUUAUAGCUACGCUAGAUACCGUCAUACGUAAUGGUCAAACGAUACCAUUGCGUCUCGGGGCUGUUCGAGCCACGCUCUCCAUAACUGCUGCUGGGUUUCAGACAGCCCUCCCUUCGUACUUUACGCACCGCGAUCUAUUUCCUUCGCUCAUGAAGUAUGUUCAAGACUGCGAAACCAGCGCUGAGGUGCUUCCAGCCUUCUACGUCCUCGGUCUGCUCGCCAACUACAACAAAUUCGAAUUCCAGAAUCCAUAUAGGCUACGAUUGGACGAUUUCGUGAACGACGCCAUCAUACAGAAGAUGAUAACAUGCUUCGGAGGAACCUGUCUAAAGCUACGGGACGAAUACAUAGCUGUUCAGGAUGACAUGCCUGAAGGAUGGACACUGGGCUCGACGCUGAGCUACAUAGGUCUAGGAGCACUUGCCCCAAGCUCUCGGCCCUCAACACCUGUGCCACCACCUGAAGAGGCAAAAUCACUAUUUGCUGCAUUACCAGGACCAGAGAUCGGUGUACUUCUCUCGACAUACGACUUCGCGAACGCGAACAAAGUCUUCUGCUUCAACUUGGUUAAACUACAAUCAGAGACGAGCGGUGAUCCUUCACCCUUCAGCGCAUACCUCUCAUUUGCUUCGUACCUAUUUCAGCAUGCUCACCGGUCCGCGAGGGCAGCGUUGUAUACAUAUCUGAGCCUCUUCAUACUACAGAUCCUUGUGGAAGAUCAACUGCUCCUGAAGCAAUUAUGUAGCGACGAGACGAAGCUUUCAGUGCGCUUGUGUCGCCAGAGACAGCCAUAUCUACCAAUAGUGAAGAGUGAGCGGGUCCCUGCUGCGGUUAUAUUGGACUUGAUGGUCGACGGUAUCAAUCACAACCUACGAAGACGACUAGAUGUAGACUUCUAUGUUCUUUGCCUUGGCGUCCUGCUACGAAUAUUGUCACAUCUUAGCCGUGCUAAAGCUCGCAUCUCGUACCAUUGGUCAGAGCUGUGGAGAACUCUAUUGGCUUUUGUCCGUUUCUUGACCACCUACGAGAACGAUAUCAAAUCCAACUAUAGGUCGACCGAAUUGAUCAACACACUUGUCAAUCUUCUAGCUUUCGCUCUAUCCAGCGGAGAGAAUUUCCUCCCUGACCCAGCAUCCUACGAUGACCUGUUUUACAAACUCGUCGAGAGCGGCGACACGCUCAUCAAAUUCAGAGACGCGUUUAGUCUGUCCAGUGAAUCUGGCUCAAUGCAGACCCUCAUCAACGUUUCUUCGCACUAUCACUCCCUCCUCGAGGGUAAUGAGAAAGGGAAGGUGCGGAGCAAGAACCUCAGUCCCCGCGAGGUUAGCAAUGUCAUCAAGCAGGGUUACGAGACUCUUUCUAUUGACGCGAGUGAGGGCUUGGAUCGGUGGGAGAAGUUUCGCGAGGCAGACUUCAAGACGAUAUUGAAGAAAAUUGCGCGGGCCGCUAUGGAUGACGCAAAGACACUGAACGAAGAAAAUUGAACGUUUAAGGAGGUUACAAUCAAUUAGCAGUCCAUGAUGCCUGUUUAGCCUUCAAACUAGUUGUUUAGUCACAUACUAUAACGCUGAUUACCUGUCAUUGUGAUAAUGCUAACAUGGCUCAUGUUCUCAUCUCCCCCAUGAGUUUGUUAGGUACACUACAUUUGGACUGUUCUUUUAGGAGUGCUUAAAAAAACUACGUCUGGCAAAAAUG